AUGGCAGAGCAGGAACAGCAACGGCAGCCACCACAACAACAAGGAGGUCAACCGGGCGUUGAGGCCCUCAGUCCCAUGUCGGAGGGCGAGAACGACUACGAGGAACAGAGGACGGUUAAGGGCGAGAACGAAGACGAGAAGAUGACGGGGACAGAUCUGCCCCCGGCUGCCACGGAUAGCGGCAAUAACCAGGACGCAAAUGGUGAAGCCAAGAAGAAGUUUGAUCCCAAGGACCCUACGCGGCCGAGGAGAAAAAAGGCUCGGAGAGCCUGCUAUGCGUGUCAGAGAGCCCAUCUCACUUGCGGGGACGAGAGACCAUGCCAGCGGUGCAUUAAGCGCGGGCUGAUGGAUAGCUGCCAGGAUGGCGUCAGGAAAAAGGCCAAGUACCUUCAUGAUGCCCCUCCCGAAGCCCUUCGGCCAGUUCUGGGUCCCAAUUAUAACCCUAACCCGACGCCUGCACGCCAUAAUGGUCGUCAUGCCAGUGUGUCGGCAUCUGAAGCGUCGUCCACAGUAGGCUCGUUUUUCUCGCAAUCGACUGCUACGCAGUUCCCUAUCUUUUCAGCAGCCCAGACACCCAUGGGUAGUAUAGCCGGAGAUCUGCCCUUCGGGAACCAACAAACUCCUGUGUCUCCCUCGUUCCAGACAUCGAACAAUGCUCAGAUCGGCGGCAUAGGCGUCCCGUCGGUAUCCAGUCCGAUGGCCACUUUCCCAGGCGGACUACCAUUCGACCCCAGCGAUCCUAACAUCUUCAACUUCAACCUCGAAGGCCUGAACUUUGGCAGUCAGUACGGUGCCAUGGAGUUCGGUAUGUUAGGCCAUAUGUCCUCAGGAGCAGCAGAAACACCCCCACAAGAUGUGUCACGCGGUGUUUCCGGUAAUGUCAAUUUUGGAUCCCCAGGGCUAUUUGGGAACGGAGUCGGGCAGGCGUACGAGGGCAGCAAUUUGCUGGAAGGCUUCCUCAGCCUCGAUACUAUCUCCAACGGCGCGUACGGGCAAGGUAACCUUCAGCAUGGUCUGCCGCAUGCCUAUGCCAUCGCGGCGGGGCCGACUAGCGUGCAGAGCCCGAGCACAGAGAAUGACAGCCCAACCCCAAUGAAUUUUGACGGAUCACCAACCAUGACAACGUAUUCGUCGACGACGGUCAAACAGAACAGUAACAACAACCAGUCUCGGCCGAGCACAAGCCGGCAGGCGAACGCACUGGCUAAACUGUCGCAAUCGAUCUUGGGCAAGCGACAGCGGGAUCCGUCAUACAUCUACGAGACGGUUAAGGAGCCAUUCGGCUAUGUGGCUAGCUUCCACAAGCUCUUCAACAUCAUUCAGACUCGGUUCACACAGGCGCAAACGUCGCGUAUUGCCAAGGCGCUGGCAAGCAUCCGGCCGUCGCUGUUGGCAUCGACUAAGAACUUGACCAGGCAGGACUUGGUGUUCAUGGAGAAGUACUUCCAGCGUGCGCUGUUCGAGUACGAAGAGUUCAUGCACCAAUGUUCUAGCCCGACGCUAGCUUGCCGGCGCACGGGUGAGGUAGCAGGCGUCAACAAGGAGUUCACGGCACUGACCGGCUGGACCAAGGAGGUGCUGCUGGGCAAGGAGCCGAACCGCAACAUCAACUUUGGCGGAUGGCAGCCCAACAGCAGCAACGCCAGCAAAGGCAGACUCAAGACCCUGGAGGGCGCGUCGUCGGACGGCCCGCAGCCCGUCUUCCUGGCCGAGCUGAUGGACCACGACAGCGUAGUUGAGUUCUACGAGGACUACUCGCAGCUCGCAUUUAACGACAGCCGUGGGCAUAAGACGCGCAAGUGCCGGCUGCUCAAGUACCGCACAGAGGAUAUGAGCCAAAAGACAGAGGGGAGCAGCACUGGUGGAGAUCAAAACAACAAGGAUCCCCGCACGGGCGGCAUCCUGAGUAACCGUGUGGCCAAGAUUGAUGGCGAGCAUGGUAUCUCGAAGCUGGAGCGUGAUGGCAAGCUCGAGUGCAGCUACACGUGGACCAUUAAGCGAGAUAUGUUCGAUAUGCCAAUGUUGUUCAUUAUCAAUUUUCUGCCAUGCUAUUAUCGCAACCACAACCAGGCUGUGUAG